AUGGCGGAUCGUCAGGAGCGUACCCUCACGUUGCUACAUCUUAGGAAAACGUUUACGGAAUGUUCACGGGUUUCGCUCACCGGCACCAAGGAGGUCGACGCCAACCGGAUGCUGCCACUUUUCACAAAGAUCACCACCAUGUUCGAACCGAUGGAGCUGCGCGGCGAGUUCAAGGAGAUGCCGUCGUUUUCGGCGUGGAUGUGUAGCUUGUUAGUCCGGGAGGUUCGGCAGAGGGCGGCUAGUCAAGGCACAGAAGCGGCGGCUGUUGGAAUUGCGGAGUAUCUGGAACCAUCUACCUCCGAGAAGGGUUGGCAGUUGCUGAACGGGAUAUUGUAUGCUGUCAACACAGAUGACGACGCGAUCGUGGAAGCCGCCUGCAAGGCUUCUCUCCCCUCAACACUUGUCAAGGCCCUAUAUCUAUUCUUUGAUCUCCCGCCCUCACCUCCAGAAACUGUUGAGAUGCACACACAGUUGAACACACUGAUCACGGCACUGUUGGAGCGGUUGUGUCGAUAUAAAAGCGUCGGAGAAGAACUAGCGAGACGUGACGAUCUAUCCCUGCUUUUUGCUGGAACCACCUCCCAAGUCCCACCUCAAAAUGUACAGUGGAGAAGAACAAGUGCAAGAGUUUUGGAAGCGCUGGCUGCAAGAGCACUAACCCCAUCUCUCGUGAAAUACAUGGUGGCAAAGGAUUGUAUCGGGACGUACGUGGCCGGGAUGCAAAAUCCGAAGCUCAACGUCAGGGAGCAGGCCGAGAUGAUCAUCUGCUUAUUGUGUAUCUUGAAGGACUCGGCCCGUGGCUCGAUGGCGCUGGCAGAUGCAUUUGUAAAGGCGAGCGGAUACGAGAUUCUGAAGGACUUUUUGAUACGCAACGAGGAAGACACCGAUCUGGUCCGCAACAUACUUCUUAUGCUCAUUUCGGUGAUCACCGCCGGUCCUACAGAAAUCCGGCCGCAGCACAACUCCGGGCUGGUCUCCCUGCCCAAUUUUUCGCUCCCAGUUCCGAUCGGCUACGGAGCCUCCGUCAGGAAUCCGGCCGGAUUCCGGUUGUUGUACGAGAUAUUUAGCCAGAGCAUCAAUCCCAAAGUGCAUGUUUCCGUCAUCGACGUGGUGCAUACAAUCUACACCUCCGAUCCGGCAAAUUAUUUCAUUUUGGACCGCGAGUUCCCGCUCUCGCUUUUCAUCGAGAAGAUGGCUAGUCGAUGCCCGGAAGCGCAGCUGAAAAUCCUGGAACUGAUCGAGCACGUGUGCUUCCAGCUGGCCUACAUCCCGUGCAAGGAGUUGAUCUCGGUGUGCGUGUGUAUGAAGACCGAGCUCGCCGCCGGCCGCCCGGAAAUGCUGAUCCACGCCGUGCAGAGCGCCUUCAGGGUGUUGACCGUCGACAGUUUGCUGAAAGACGCCUUUCGGGAAGUCGGGAUGCUGGAAACACUUUCUUACGUUCUCAACCAGCUUUUCGGAGUCCAGAAAACCAGAGAACUCACUGACGACGAGCGAAAAUUGACGCUUCUGGCAACAGAUCUACUGACCGUGGUCGUCAAGGGGAACGUUGAAAAUGCCAAGCUUCUUGGAGAUUGCUUGGGACCUCGAGGGCUUCUGACGCUCGUUUGUGGGGUCACCGGAGAGUGGAGGAGCAGUGCUUUGCAACUGUUGAAACAGGCGCUCCUAUUAACACCCUCUGACAUCUACCUUGCCGCUAUCGUCUCCCAGCUGAACACCCCGCCACCACAAACGCAACUUGAUCUCAAUGUGGAUUUGUUAAAGUGUGUUCUUGGUGUUCUCCGGGAAAGCCACAAAGUCCGAGUACUCUUCCGACGAGUUGGUGGCUACCUGGCUCUGAUCUCAAUGCUAUUGGGACUGGAAGGCAUUUUUACCGGGAAGUCGCAAGAAAACUCAGACUCCGAGAAAGUCUCUACGUCUGAAUACCUCGACUUCCUUCACCUAAUAUUUAAGGUGUUAACCCUGUCGAUGCGCUUCGAGCCGAGCAACGCGCGCUACUUUUUCCAGGAGGUGAAAUGGGACAGCAUCACCACCGUCCUCCGACUCACCGGUGCUUUUGGGCCAAAUACCGUAGUCGAGACCAAUGAGACCAUCUGGAACACAAACGGAUCAGAGCUGAAGGAUGAGAUGAACCUGUGCCACUCGGUGUUUCAGAUGGACGAGAAUAUACAGCUGGGCUCUAUCCCCGAAAAAAUGCCCACGCCCAUCUUUUUCGCCUGCUACAUCAUCCGGCUCCUUUUCAACAUGGCGCUGGAUAAUUAUGAAAAGGUCUCUUCCGACGUGUGUUGGUGUGCCUCGCUGUCUCCACCGGACGGAAGCUCAUCUUUGGCUGCUUCUGACGAUGCCUCUUCUGUUGUAUCCUGGUCAUCUUCCGUACUCGUCCACCCCGGGGCUGUACUCUCGAUUCUGGCCCUGCUGCCGUCGAUUCAGGCACCGCAAACGAAAUGGACCGUAGCUGCUCAAUACUACUGCUCCCUUCUCCUCAAAGCCCUCCUGAAACCCGAGAGGAAUCAGCAGCUGAUGAGCCAAGUCGAAAUGCCGCGUCAUCUUCUAGCCGUCGCUGGCCGGCUAUUCCUGUGCGAUGAUCAUCUCCUCCUCCCUCCGUUCUACUAUCUGCUCGAGAGACUCAGCUACCAAUCGAUGCACCCGAGGGAGCUACGACAAUUCCUGAGGCUAGAUGAACCCUUGUGCUCGAGGAAUUUGGACCCUGCUCCUGGAGAAGAGGCCGAGGGUGUGAAAGAUGAGGGCGGGCCGAUACCGCUCUCCAGAGUCAAGGCCCUGGUGUCGAUGAUGACGCCGCGAUCGGCAAGGCCCCAGCCGAGCCCGUCGUUCGUCGAGUUCGACCAGGCGCUCGAGGCAAUGUUCCCUCCCCUGAAUGGGUUGACCUUCUCGACUUGGCUGUAUGUUGACUGCUGGUCGGAUAAGAAGGCUGAUGCUCAUCCACUUCGACUCUUGACCCUGUCGAGGACGGUCUGCUACACCGACGAGCGCAAGAAGCUGGGACCAAAGAGCCUGGGUUGUUUGAGCAUCCAACUCUCCGCCAUGGACCACUCGCUGCUGAUCUCCACCGAAGAAUCCGAGCCGCCGGGCGGAGACCUGGAGCGCGAAGCCCGAUUUGCUUCUGAGAAGGUGGUCCGAGUAGCCCUGGAAGACAUCCUACGCCCAAUGGAAUGGACCCACAUCUGUGUGGUUCUGACGCGCUCCGUCCUGAAGCCCAGCCAAGUGAACGUCUACAUCAAUGGUCGACAAGCGGCCGCCCAAAAACUGGCAUAUAUUGUCCCGAAUCCGGGAGGUGCUGCUCCACAGCUAGCCACCACCGCCGCUGUGAACGCCUUCAUCGGGACGUUGCCGAACAUGAGGCGGCCAAGUCGAUUACGGUUCCGCCUCGCCCCCACCUACAUCAUCGAGGAACCGCUCAGUUCCGAGACUGUCCGCUCAGUUUAUCAUCUACAACCACACUACAUUGGUAAUCUCCAAACGUCCGGGCCUGACGGUGCUGCACUUGUUGGGGAUGAGAAGAUACUCUUCUCCCUGAACGGCGCGGCGAUGGGCGAGUUGACGCUCGGGAAAAUCAGGGCGCUGUACAGCCGGAUGGACGCCGAAUCGUUGGCUCCUCACCUCGGAUUGUCCCCUCAAGACAAUGCCACCCAGCUUCGUGUAAUGCAGAAUACAGCCCAACAUCUCCCAGGAGCUGGCCGGGCUUUUGGAGCUGUACUUGUUGGAUAUCUUGGGAUGCGAUCUUUUACGCCGUGUCCGGUACCCAGGCUUCUGGAUUCGAUCGGAGGCUAUGCGCCGCUGUUUGGACUCAUUGAGAUGGCGACUGACUCGGAGGGUCUCUACGCGGCUCUAAAGGCAUUGGUAUCAGCCACAAGAUCCAAUACCUCGCUUCACGCCUCGCUAGCUGAGAGUCGAGCCUAUCAGAUGUUGGGUGUAUUGCUUGAAGACAAGAGCUCCCUUCUCAACACCCAUAUUCUGCACAUGGUCUUCACCCUCGUAGGCACGUUGGAUACGUCGAGGGAAGCUGCUCAUAUUCCAUCACAACAGGCCUUUGACGACGUUCUCUGCGACCUGGACAUCUGGCGCGGCGCUCCGGACGAGCUGCACAAGAUGCUGCACGAGCACUUCUACGAGUUGAUCACUGAUCAUCAACGGGAUAAUUUGUCGAUUGUCCGGAGGUCGAACUUGUUGCCACGGCUUUUGUUCACCUUCUUCGAUGCUGCUCAUCUACUGCCGACUACUAAUGACAUCGUCUUCAACUUGAUUUCGGCGUUGAUACAGCCGCCGUGUGAUUCGAGAUCCCUCCUCAAAAUCGGCCAAAUGAUCGCCGCUACCUUGCCCGGCACUACUGAAGAUGGACUUGCCGAAGAAGCCCUCCCAUUCCACAUCUCCGAGCUGCAGAUGAUCGUCCUUGGCGGCCAGGGCAUCACGCUGGAACCCAAAAAGACGCCCCCGAUACCGUACCUCGUCUACGUCCGCAACCGCAUCCUCAACCUGCUGGCCAACAUCCUCGCCCACACCAGCCCGCAGCACAACCAGCAGAUGAGCGAGCAGCUGGUGCGUGUCCUGGGGUUUGAUUGGCUGCUCUCCCUGAUGGCCCCCCGAGUCCAUUCCUGUACCGUACACCUGUCGCUCCGGAUUCUUUUGAAUUUGCUGGCACAUGAGAGUCUUCUCAACAAGUUCAGAGAGGGCUCCGGCAACGGCGGGUGGUUGAGCGAUGCAGACAGUGUCGUACGGAAUCGAGCUGCCGUACUUUUGGGAUUUUCGAUGUCCGCCCACGGUGGUUCCGUCGGGAGCCAUGUUGACAUUAAUCCGGAGCUGCAGAACUGCAAUGGGUUUGCGGCCCUUGAGCACGUACUCUCCGGUCAUGCUCAUCUACCGCAUCCCCACUUCGCCCUUCUCAGCCUCCUGGUUGGGCAGCCAGUCCGACAACUCCGCUUCUGUGACAGCUUUUCGGUGGAUCUCGUCUGGACACACGUCUUCGGGUUGGCACCGAAUAGCUCCGUGUACGAGGCGCUGUCGACGACGAAUUUCUGCUUCGAUGCAAUGUUGCCGCUGUUGUCGAUGGUUCGGGCGGCGAUACAUUGCGAGGAUAGAAACGAAACGUCAGGCUGGCACAUUGCCCACCCGUCUGCCCUCCUCCAAAUCGUUGGCUUCUUCUACCAAAACUCUCCUCAUUUCUACCAAAUGGCCCAUUCGGACGAGUUUGUCAUCGCGCUGUUCAACACGCUCUUUAAGGAAAUCUCCUCCAGAAGCAGCCAGGGCAGCUCUACACCUCCGGAAGCCAUUGAAGCCCUAACCUCCAUGAUCGCGAAACAAGUCCUCGACCUUCUCCGCAAAAUCCUGUGCGACGAUAUGCAAAGCACACCGCCAGGCGCAAGAUCCGAGCCGCUGAUCGAUGUAUUGAUAGACCACGUCUCCGAGGGCGGUGGUGGGGCUCGAGCACAUGCUCUUUCAGUUCUCUUGCUCAGCGUUCUGGAGCAUCUCGUGUCGACGGAUCUGCUGGUUUCGUCGAGUUUGCCGCCGCAGAUCAACAGCAACUCCCUCGCCCAGCAGGGAUCCAACAUGUUCCACUUUGCCAGUCGGAGCAUAGACGCAUUGUGGAAUGGGAAUUUGUCUUCGACGGAGCCUUUGAGAAUUCUCAACGCCCUCUACCACAUGCAUUCCAUCGCUGCACGAAAAGACAACAGCGCGAUGCAGAUCGACUCUCUCCUGUCAGCCAUCAUGCGAUGCGUACUGUACAUCCUCAGUCGCCCUAUCGACAGCGUGGCCAUCCAGUUGACAAUUCUGGAUACCUUGACCUCGGUGGUCCAUAAAAAGUACAUCUUCCUGGCCUCGAACGAGUCGUGGUUCUUCGGAGCGCUGUGCCACAUGGUCUUUAUGCUGUCGAUAACACCUGAUUACCUCGAGAACUCGGAUGCCGCGUUGCAGCGGAAUAGCGCACAGGUAGCUCAAUGCGCCUCCCGCAUCUGGUCGGACGUAUUGAUGCAAAAGAAGGGCUUCAUCGAGGAGAUCUUCAAACGGCAAACCGUGAUGGAGCUGAACGCGGCGCGUGCCCUCCUUGCCCAGGCCGCCGGGGUGCAAUGGUCUCAUUUUGUGGACUCGCAGCUACGGCCAUUUGGGCAGACAACGACCAAGGAGCAAAUCCAGCAGCAGAUCAGCUCGAGAAUCACGAAGGUAACUUCUGGGCUUCAGCGAUUGGCUAGUAAACGUGGAGUUACAUCAGUAGGAAGUUUGCAAUCGAUGACGCCAUGGAAAAAUCACGGCAUCAGCGAGGAGGUUGUCCUGAUGUGGGUAAAAGUCCACGUCUCCCUCGUCAAGGAGCUCGUCACCGUCCUCGCCGCCCGUUAUCACGAGUGGCACUCCCACGUCCGAAAGUGGAGCCUGCAGGAGUGGCAUGCAAUUGAGCAAGAGCUUAUCCGAGAAAGGGGCCUAUGGGGACCCGAACAAGCUUCGAGACUUGAGAAAUACAAGUUGGAUGUGACAGAGGGACCAAGUAGAAUCCGCCGGAAGCUGAUCCCAGAUCGAGAAUUCUACCACCACUACCCCUACCGACCCCAUUUGGACAAUCCGGGGGCAAAGGCCCUUCGAGCGAAAGUGGCGAUAUCUAGGGAUUCGAAGGAGUAUUAUGAAGCUGUAAAAGCGAGGAGGGGACGGCUAUUCGAUACGAAGAUCAUCGAUGACUCGACAGCACCUGUGACCCCGUCGAAUGACAAGCCAUUUGCCGACAGCAUUCAGGAUCUAGACCAAAUCAACAGCUCCCUGCUCCGCCGAAUCUCCGCCAGACCGCCUGCAAAGAUCUCCGAGAAAUCCGAGCUAAAUAGUCGAGAUUCUGAAAGUGCCGAGAAGGAGGGAGACGCCGCUGAGGAGUCUGAGAUGGCUGAAGAGGGCUCCCCGGAAGACCCGACCCAAUCCACCUCAUCAUCUGGGAGUCAAGAAAAGAAAGCGGAACCCUCGAAGCAGCAAGAUACUGGAGCGGCUACCUCGAAGGAAGAGCGACCGAAUUAUCAGAAUUUGAUUCGACUGCUUGAAGAGGGAGAGACACUGCAUAGCAUGUUCAGAUGUGCACGGAUUCAGGGUCUCGAAACCUGUGAGGGUUUGAUGCUGUUCGGUCGUGACCACUUCUAUGUCGUUGACGGCUUCACCUUGAUGAGAACGAGGGAAAUCCGGGAUCUCGACUUUCUACCGCCCGAUAUUCACGAUCCCAUCGUGCCGUACACCGCCACCGGAGCCACCCGACCCCCGAAAGCGUCCCGGAUCUGCAGCAAGUUCAGCUACGACGACAUCAGGGAGAUUCACAAACGGCGAUACCUCCUCCAACCCAUCGCGAUGGAAGUGUUCAGCGCCGACGGCCAGAAUUACCUAUUGGCUUUCCCGAAGAAGAUCCGCGACAACGUGUACGACAAGCUACUCUCGCUGGCGCGUCGUUUGAAUGAGAGCGGAACGGAGAGUGUCUCUGGUCAAAAGGCGUCGAUGGCCGUUGAAGCGACGGGCAGGACGGUGUCGUUGAUCAACUCCUUGGUCGGCCAGCAGUCCGUUACGCAACGCUGGCUGUCGGGAAAUAUUUCCAAUUUCACGUACCUGAUGCACCUGAACACGCUCGCCGGGCGGUCGUACAACGACUUAUCCCAAUACCCGGUUUUCCCGUGGGUAUUGGCGGACUACACCUCAAAAAUCCUCGACCUGACGAAUCUGAAUUCGUUCCGCGACCUGAGCAAACCGAUGGGAGCCCAGAAUACCGACAGGCUCGAGCAGUUCUUGAAGAGAUAUCGAGAAUGGGACGAUCCCACCGGGGAGAUCCCUCCAUAUAUGUAUGGAACUCACUACUCGUCGGCCAUGAUCGUCGUCUCGUAUUUGGUGCGGUUGGAGCCGUUCACGCAACAAUUUCUCACCCUGCAGGGUGGUCACUUCGACCUGGCGGAUCGGAUGUUCCACUCGGUUGGCGAUGCUUUUCUGAGUGCUGCCAAGAACAACAUGGCCGACGUGAAGGAGUUGAUUCCUGAGUUCUUCACGCUUCCCGAGCUGUUGCUGAACAACAAUCGAUUCGAUCUGGGUGUGAAGCAGAACGGAGUCGCACUUGAUGACGUCGUGUUGCCGCCCUGGGCUAAUGGGGAUCCGAGAGAAUUCGUGAGGCUCCAUCGGGCUGCCCUUGAAUGUGACAUCGUCUCCGCCCACCUUCACGAAUGGAUCGACCUCGUGUUCGGCUACAAACAACAGGGCGAAGGCGCUGUUCAGGCCAACAACGUCUUCCACCACCUCUUCUACGAGCGCAACGUCGACUUCGAAGCUAUUGACGAUCCCUUGUCCCUCAAUGCUACAAUUGGAUUUGUCAACAAUUUCGGGCAGAUCCCCGCUCAGCUCUUCAAGAAGCCACAUCCGCAGAAGAAGGUCAACCUGGUGGAGGGGUACGCUUCAACUCCAGGAGUGACAACGCAACGACUAUUCUAUCACUGUCUGCACUCGCUGAAGCCGCCACAAGCACCGAUAAAAGAACUCCGUGGCCCCGUCGGCGCGAUCCACGUCUCCGAGAAGGGCAUCGUAGCCGUGGAAGCCGGACGAGUGCUUCUAUCCCCCACCAAAUACCUCGCCUGGGGCUUCCCGGACCGGUCGAUCCGGUUGGGUACGGUGGAUUCCGACAAGUCCUCCUGCAUCCUUGAGAUGUGCGACACGCAGGAGCUGACGUGCGUCGCGGCUGGCGAGGAGCGAAGGGUAUUCUGUGGAUCGUCGACAGGCUGCGUCAGCGUGUGGAAUUUGACAAAGAAGCACCCUCGGAUGAGGAAAGUCAAGACGCUGGACGGACACUCUGAUGCCGUCACUUGUAUUGAAGUCUGCUCUGCCCACGCCUUCGUCGUCUCGGCCUCUCGUGACUGUUCUGUCAUCGUGUGGCACGAGAGGGAACUCUCUUUGCUACGACAGCUACCCCCACAUCCUUCACCCGUCUCGGCGCUGGCCGUCAAUCAGACUACGGGCGACAUCGCCUCGGCUUGUACCUCAGAUCUGUUCCUCUGGUCUAUCAAUGGGGACCUGUUGGCGCAUCUGAAUACUUCGGAUUGUGCUCCGGCCCAAGAUACGAAUCAGAUGAUCGUGACGUUGGCGUUUAGCACGCUAAACGAAUGGGAUACCGAUAACGUCAUCAUGGCCGGAACAGCCGACGGUGUCGUCAAAAUCUUCUCCAGCGCCAUCGUGGAGAAUGACGGAUCCGUACCGCCGCCACAACAAGCUUUUACAACGCUUGAAAGAAAACACUGCCCGACACCGGCGGUUUCGGUAGCUGAACGACUUGAGAGGCAGCGAAGACGGCUUCGCGUCGUGGCGAGCUGCGAGACGACCGGAAGUAGCGGUCAAACCGAUGAAAGCCACAGCCCUCCGCCAAGCCCGAACCCCAAUGCCGAGAAGGAGCCCGACUUCGAGGAGGGCAGAAAAGACCCCCGGAUGGCGGAAAUCGCGCCCUGGGUUCGAGUGCUGGUGCAAAGAACAUCGCUGACGAUGCAUACCGCCUUCUCGCGGCCCGACAAUCUACGCCCCGCUCCCAUUACCGUCAUCAUACCGGCAAAGGACCAUAAAUCGCUGCUGGUGGGCGAUGGAGUUGGACGAGUGUGGCAGUGGGUGAUCGGUGAAGAAGGGACCGGAAGUCGGGCCGAUCACUGGGUCCAGGAUGUCGCACGACAGCGCUGUACUCAUUGUCACCACAAGUUUUCCAUCGCCGACCGAAAGCACCACUGCCGGAAUUGCGGGCAGAUCUUUUGCGCUAAAUGCUCGCGCUUCGAGUCCCACAUCACGCACAUGAAAAUCUCGAGGCCAGUGCGCGUAUGCCAGAAUUGCUACCUUCGGCUGAAGGCGUCUUCU